GUUAAUAACGUGUCCCGUUGCAGUACUCGGCAAAAUUUUGCGUUAUUGAAGUUUGUGGUCAAAUUUCUUGAGUUUUUACUUAUUAAUCUAUCUCUGGCCAUCAUGAAGGUUGCUGUUGAAGGUUGUGCUCAUGGAGAACUUGACAAAAUUUAUGAAGCUGUUAAAAUCUUAGAAAAGGAGAAUAAUAUGAAAAUCGAUCUUCUGAUUAUAUGUGGAGAUUUCCAAGCUGUAAGGAAUCCAGCUGAUUUACACUGCAUGGCUGUGCCGCCUAAGUACAGGAAAUUAAAUACGUUUUACAAGUACUAUUCUGGGGCGAAAAUAGCUCCUGUUUUAACUAUAUUCAUUGGUGGAAAUCACGAGGCUUCAAAUUAUUUAUCGGAACUAUCAUAUGGUGGUUGGGUAUGCCCGAAUAUUUUUUACAUGGGAUAUGCUAAUGUUAUAAAUGUAGGUGGUAUAAGAAUUGCAGGCCUGUCAGGUAUCUAUAAAGGUCGUGAUUAUUUGAGAGGUCAUUUUGAAUGCCCGCCUUAUGAGGAAUCUUCGAAGAAAAGCGUGUAUCAUGUUAGAAAUAUUGACGUAUUCCGAUUGAAACAAAUAAAAAGUCCUAUUGAUAUUUGUAUAUCACACGACUGGCCUCGAACUGUGUACAAUUACGGUAAUAAGGAAGAUAUUUUGCGUUGGAAGCCGUUUUUCAGGGAAGAGAUGGAAAACAACAAACUAGGAAGUCAGCCUGCCGAAGAAUUGCUCUACAAGUUAAAGCCUGCUUAUUGGUUUUCUGCUCAUCUUCACUGCAAAUUUGCUGCUGUGAUUCCACAUCAGAAUUCUGAAGGAACUAUGUACACAAAAUUUCUAGCUUUGGAUAAGUGUCUGCCACGACGUAAUUACUUGCAAGUUCUUGAAAUAGGGAACAAAAGCGAGGCAGUAGAUAUAAAAUAUGAUCCAGAAUGGUUGUGCAUUCUUCAGACCACUGAUCAUUUGUUAAACACAUCGAAAACGUGUGUUUAUAUGCCAGGACCUGGAGGUAAAGAAAAAUGGGAUUAUACUCCGUCGAAAGAAGAUAUACAAAGAAUUACCGAACUCUUUAAAGGCGAUUUUAAGGUACCAAACAAUUUUUCAGUCACAGCUCCAACUUAUGAUAAUUCUCAAACAAGCAAUGAUUUUACUGUAAAAAAUUAUAUCAACCCACAGACUACAAGCUUUUGUAAUAUAUUAAAUAUAACUGAUCCAUUUGCUGUUGUGUGUAACAGUGAUGGUGAAAGUUUAAAUACUAGUGGACUUUCAAGUACAGGUUUAGAUUUUAGUUUUUCCACAUCAAAUGCUGAUGAAAUAUCACUUAGUGAUAUAGAGGACGCUACUGAAGUUCUUUCACCAAAGAAUGAUGAUCUAGAUGUUUCUGAUUCCACUGACUUUUUCAUAGACACUGUUGGAUCUAACAUGUCACCUAAUGUACAGAAAUUUUUGAAAACUCAGCAUUGUAGUACACCAAUUCCGAAAUUUAACAUUGACUCAGAUUUUCAUUUUCCUGAAAUAAAGGAAGAAAACAUAAACAGUGAGAAAAGAAAAUCUGAUGAAGAGGAACAGCCGGUAAAGGUAUUUAAACGAAGAAAUUGGUCAUUAUAUAAAUCUGAGGAAGAUGGUUCAGCAUAAUGGAUAGAUGCAAUGGUAACUUGAAAGUUUAAAGGCAGUUUAUCUAAAUUAACACCAAUUCUGAAAUUUAGUACCAAUUGUAGUACACCAAUUCCGAAAUUUAACAUUGACUCAGAUUUUCAUUUUCCUGAAAUAAAGGAAGACAUAAACAGUGAGAAAAGAAAAUCUGAUGAAGAGGAACAGCCGGUAAAGGUAUUUAAACGAAGAAAUUGGUCAUUAUAUAAAUCUGAAGAAGAUGGUUCAGCAUAAUGGAUAGAUGCAAUGGUAACUUGAAAAUUUAAAGGCAGUUUAUCUAAAUUAAUAAUAUGUUGUGUAUAUUUGUUUAAAAUUCAAAUUGAAUAAAAUAUGUGCUUAUCCUUAGUUAUUAUACUGAGAAUUUUUGACAUAUUGACAGUAAUGAGCAUUUUCGAUUAACAAUAUAAUUAGGUUAACAUUAGCAAUAUAAUUAGCAUUUACAAUAUAAUUUAUUACUUAACAUAUUUGAAUGUAAGCAUGUAAAAUUUACUACAGAUAUAUAUUAGUAUCUGGGUAACUGAAAAAAAUAAGUCUGAUUUUUAUAUGAUGAAUUUGUAUAAUUCCGUCCAGUUGCUAUCUUCUUAAUGCCUGUAGGCAAAUAGCUUUGUAUAAAAGAGACUAACAAUUUCUCUUUUUUUAAGAGUUUGCUAUCUUUGUAUUGAACAAAAUGAUUAACAGAAGUUAUCUUGAUUAGUGUCAAACUUUGAGUUACAUUAUUUGUAUAUUUUCUAUUGUGUGUAAAUAUUUAAUUAUAAGAGUAUUAUUGAACAUGUAAAUAAUCAAGUUGUAACUUUUUCAUAUUUUAUUAAUAAACUUAAUUUUAAGUCUGGAAGAAA